AUGACCAAUUGGAAAGCCAGACAGGUGGACUUGAACGAGUGUUUGCCACAUCAGCUUCAGUACUCCUUUUCAUGUUUCCUCUCUUCCUUGGUGCCUUAUGCCAUGGGUAAGGAAGGGCAGUUUCAGCACUUAAAUGGUGCCCGCAGUUUGGUUGCCUUCUGGAUUGUUUGUGCCCACUAUAUGCCCAAAGGAACGGCAACGGGCGACUUUUUGAAUGGUGCAGUCUUCCGGGUGAACGUGGCGGUCUGUUUCUUCGUCGUGGUGAGCGGCUUUGUGACGCACUGGACAAGUGAAGGGCGACCCUUGGAGUCUGUGAACGAGCUGCUGCAUUUCUAUGUUCGUCGUUUGAGCCGUGUGCUGGUGACCUUUUGGCUGGCCAUGUUGUGGGCCGUGUAUUUGCAGCACAAGAAUGGACAAGAGCUGCAGGUUGACUAUGUGGUGAGAUGCCUUUGUCUUGUCGAGCAAUGGGUUCAUUGGUGCCCCAACGGCCCCAGUUGGUUCGUCUUCGCGCUGCUUCCUUCAUGGAUCUUGUAUCCGCUGACCCGAAAAUUGGUCUAUUUGGCCGAAGAAAUUGGUGGAGGAGCUGGUCUUCUCUUUUUUCAGGCAUUCCUGUUCCUUUCCUCAGCAGGUCCAGCGGUGUACCUGCUCCUGGUGCAUGGAAACAUCACCAUGCAGGAGCAUUCGGACAUGACCUUUUGGCCGCCGUCUCAAAUGUCCGAUUUCGUGCUGGGCAUGACGACUGCGGCGUUGGUGCGACGCGGAGGAAAGUACCUUCACUUCUUGGCAGAUUUCAGUCUGCUCGUGGUGGUGCUAGUGGUCUUCCUGCUUCCACGGCCUGCAACGACGUGGGCCUUGCACCUCAACGGCUGGGAGCCAAUGCUGGACCAUGGACUGGCGCCACUACUCGCAGGCUGAAAGGAUCGAUGCUGAUGCAUCGCUACGUUCAUGGCGUCCUCUUGUUCCUAGUAAGGCCAAGAGCCCCUAGUAGCGUCCGAACGCUCCUAGUAGCGAUGCCCUUUGUUACUAGCUAAAGUCAAACACAAAACCACGUAGUUUUGCAUGGGAUUCUUUCGAGCAUUCUGCGAAGUCGAUUGUGAAAACAGCAGUCAGUGGUGAAAGUCAGCGGUGAUGCCAAGACUGGCCUGAAGACCCUGUGCCCUGUCUGCCCUGGCAGCUUUCAUCCUUGGCUCCUGCGCCGAUCGAGAACGUCCAGGCAAAGUUGGAAUCAUUGAAGAAAUCGGGAAUCAAAACAGAAAGAGCAUCUUAGAUCGUGAAUCAAUAAAGUUGGAACUUCACGAAUCCAUCGUUUACGCCAUCGAAUCCAACCUGAAAUGGCCUUUCACAUCCUUUCACCUUUUCCAGGCUGGUGCGCACGGCUUUUGGCUCAUCCCGUGACUCACCGGUGUUAACUGAAUGUCCGUUAAUGGUAUUGCUUUGAUCAGCUUCACCUCCUAUUCACAGCGCUUCGCGCACGAAGCCGCCCGCACGGAGUGUGUGCGUCUGUUCGGGCAGGACACACGGAAGAACACACGCACGAUGUCAAUAGUCUGUCUCGGUCGGUCUGGGUGUCUGUCUGUCUGGCUGUCUGCCUGCCUGGCUGGCUGGCUGGCUGGCUGGUCUGUCUCUCUGUGUCUGUCUGGGUCUAGAUCUGUCUGGGUCUGUCUGGGUCUGGUCUGUCUCUGUCUGUCUGGGUCUGUCUGGCUCUGUCUGGGUCUGUCUGUCUGUCUCUGUCUGUCUCUGUCUCUGUCUCGGUGUCAAAAACCACAUGCGACUGUUCCCACCAAAAAACAUCAAAAGCCACAUGCCCAAUACCAUUCACCUCAUCCAGUCGGACUGAGCACACGACCGAAC